CUGGAGGUCGCGGGCAAUGGCAGCAGGAAUGCUGUAUUCAAACAAGCGGGUCCCCUACAUUUAGAAGUAGGCGUAGUUCCUACACACCCGAAAGGCGAGGGGCGGGGUUUUCUGAAAGUGACCGCCCACUUGGCGUGGCUCUCGGCUGCAGCGGGCUGGUGGCAGGGAGUGCGGGUGCGGUUUGGGUAGCGGGAUGCUGAGAUCAAGGCGGCCUGAAAUUAUCAGAAUAAAUGUCAGUAUGAUGUUGACUGUCUCCUUCUUAAUGGAGUGGGUUGGUACAUUCUGUGCAGUUUGAAACAGGGUGAGAUUGGACUGGACAGAGAAACUUUUCUUGUCCUAAAUUUUCUAGAGGAAUCGGAAGAUGUCUUCAGCUCCUGGGCUACAGACUCUGUGGCUAAGUAAAGGCUGCAAUGAUGGUGAAGAGCCCCAGACACUCCAAUAUAAAGAGACCUCUACAGAUGCGGACCACUUAACCUCAGAGUCCUUGCCCAGAUAUUCUAAAGAUGAGAGACAACUGCUGUUCUUUGAGGAACCAACACACCAGGGCUAUGAAGAAUCCCCACGGCUGUCUGCCGCAUCCUCGAGCAGCAAUGAAAAGCUCUCCAGUUCAGCUUCCAUCUGCACUGAUUCCGAUAGGCCCCUGAGUCUCUUCUCUACUGAGUCCACCGGCUCUAUACGUGAAGGCUGUGAUUCCUAUGAAGAUAACAGUGACACGCCGCUGGGAAACGGAACGGUGGCUCACAACAUGGAACUGGUGACCACUGCAGCAGAAAGCCUGCAGGCAACCUACAGGGAGAUGCAGAACGGUCUGAAGAGCAACCACACACCCAACAAUAAUUCUGCUAAUCGACGUGCCCGCCAAGGGUCCAGGUCCCUCUCUCCCUUUGGUAACAAGGUCAACGCCAUUACUCACAAGCUCAGCUAUGUGGAACGGGUGGUCCUGGAGAUCAAUGACACAGAAAGGAUGUAUGUCCAGGAUCUGCGCAGCAUUGUGGAUGAAUACCUGGGAGCAAUCAUAGACAGACAGGAGGAUCUGCCAAUAACCCCAGAGCAAGUCAGUGCUCUCUUUGGAAACAUUGAGGAUAUUUAUGAACUGAACAGUGAGCUGCUCCAGGACCUGGAUAACUGCAGGAAUGACCCCGUGGCCGUGGCCAGCUGCUUUGUCGAAAAGAGUCAGGACUUUGACAUCUAUACCCAGUACUGCACCAACUAUCCCAACUCUGUGGCCACCCUCACCGAGUGCAUGAGGAAUAAAACCCUGGCCAAGUUCUUCCGGGAGAAGCAGGAGAUGCUGAACCAGUCCCUUCCUCUCGGGGCCUACCUUCUAAAGCCAGUGCAGAGAAUACUUAAGUAUCACCUCCUGCUUCAGGAAAUAGCGAAACAUCUUGAUGUGAAGGUGGAAGGAUAUGAGGUGCUUGAGGAGGCUAUUGAAACCAUGACGGGAGUAGCCUGGUACAUCAACGACAUGAAAAGAAAGCACGAACAUGCUGUGCGGCAGCAGGAGAUCCAGUCUUUGCUGUUGAACUGGAAGGGUAUAGACCUCACUGCAUAUGGAGAACUGGUGCUCGAGGGAACAUUUCGGCUCCAGCGUGCCCGGAGUGAGAGGACAUUUUUCCUUUUUGAUAAGGCCCUGUUUAUCACCAAGAGACGUGGAGACCACUAUGUCUACAAAACAUAUAUCCCUUGUUCAAGCUUGAUGCUGAUUGAAAGUGCCCGGGACUCCCUCUGCUUCAGCGUAACUCAUUACAAGAACAGCAAACAGCAGCAUAAUGUGCAGGCCAAAACCGUUGAAGAGAAACAUGUCUGGACCCAUCAUUUAAAGAAACUUAUUUUAGAAAACCACCAUGCAAUCAUCCCCCAAAAGGCCAAGGAGGCAAUACUGGAAAUGGAUAAUAUGUAUAAAGGAAGGUACAAAUACAGCCCGGAAAGGCAAAAGAAGACCAUGUCUGCCAUUGAGCCCUCAGUGACACACCGCUCAGGACGCAGACAGUCUGAACCUUCCAAAUACAUAGCAAAACAUCUGAAUGACAAAGCAGGAAUAAAGCAUGCAGGCAGUGAUGGAGAUCUUCAGGAAUUUGAGGACAUCCCACAGCCUUGUAUUGGCAACUUGGGCACCAGCCUUGAGCAGCCGGAGGCUGAGGGAGAGAAGGAGCGUCCUGUCAGCACACAGCUGAGUAGAAGCUCCGUGACAGAGCUCAGUGCCUCUGAUGAGGAGGAGGAGGAGGAGAUACAGUUGGGAGAUGAUGAUGAUGAGCAGGUAGCUGAUUUUGCCAGCUCCCUACUGGCUGUCAUACAUUGCUGGCACUAUAGAGCCAAGACUUUGCUUUAUACAUGGGGUGCUCCUAUGACUAAAGAAGAGGUACCAAAAGGCUGCAAGAGACAAAACAGCCAGUCAUUUGGGAAUGCAGAGAAGAGGAGGAGUGUGGAGGUCACAUCUGGGCACCAAGAGUCUGUAUAUGAAAUGGAUAAGGAAACUUCAGUGUCAGAAGAGAUCUACAAGGCCGUGGUCGUCGGCUCUUCUGAGAAUGAACAAGCCGUCCUCUUGGAAAACACGGAUGACACAGAGCCUGAGAAAGAUGAGAGCACAGCUCACCCGAAAGUCCAUGAAUCAGUGGAGAAUGAAGAAGCCGAAAGUACAGAAGACUCAAAGACUUUCAGCAGUGAAGAAGAUGAAGAGGAAACACCAACCCAUGAAUCAACAAGUAUCCUCCCUCCUUCUGUUCUGGACCAGGCCAGUGUAAUUGCUGAGAGAUUUAUAAGCAGCAUAUCCAGGAGGAGUAGUAUGGCUUUGGAAGAUGGGAAAGUUAUAGGCUACAUUACCCCAAGAUUAACCAGCCGCUGCAGUAGUUUGAUCAAUCUGGAAUGUACAGAUACCAUUAUUUAUCAGAAUGGUUCCAAUGACAUCCAGGACUUCCCUGACCUUUGUAGUAACACCGGUGUAGAUAUUCUUGACGCCACUCUUAAUAAGGCGAACUCUGCCAGCGUGGAGAAUGUGUUUGAGGAGAGAGAGAGGCCCACGUGUAAGAGAAGGGACUCCAUUCUGUCCAUCCAAGAUAGACAACUCCUUGACAAAAUCAAAACGUACUAUGAUGACGCAGAAAAUCGUGAUGCAUCUUUUAGCAUUAAGCGCAGAGAAAGCUUAAACUAUAUCCCCACUGGACUUGUUAGAAACUCUGUGUUUAAGAUUAACAGCCUGCCCCGAUUUGAUUCUGCCCAGAGUUCUCUAUCAAGGCAGAGAAUGUCCAGUUCUUCUAGUAAUACCAGCGGUGUGAGCAGUAGACACGCUUCCUUGGCAGACACAAGAUCUAAUGAGCCAGAACAGCUAGGAGCCCAAAGUCAGCUGCUGUUGGAACCAGCCACAAAUGGCGUGUCAGACCAUUCAGCCUCCAUUACUGAUGAGGAGUUCCGGGCACCAAAUGAAAUGAUUAAAGAGUGGGAUGAAAUUGAAAAGGUAAAUGCAUGGAAAGAGGCCUCAGAAACUGCCAAAAAAGAUGACAAACAACAAUCCAUCAGUGAUGCACAUAGUGACCUGGAAAAUGGUCAUGAACCACUGCUCAUACUGGAAGACAGCGAUCUGAGUACUAUAACAGAGGAAUCCCCUCUUCCUACACCGGAAAGCACCUCCCCUAAACAGUUUGGAUCUGUUCUGAAUAACACUGGUUUUAAUGAGUAUAAAACACCUGAGAAGUUACACUCCAAGAUAAUGCAACUGGCCAACUGCAUGGAUGAAGACAUGUCGGAGAAGAUGAAGAACAAGGUAUAUCAGCUGGCCAGGCAGUACAGUCAGAGGAUCAAAUGCAACAAGCCAGUGUCACAUAGGCAUCUAAAGGAGAUCGAGGAGGAUCUCAGAAGGAACAGUCUGCCGGCUGUACAAGAGGAAAACCGGGAGGAGAAAGAAAAACGCAAGCCGAUACUAUCACUCCCUACCUACGACAGCAUUAUACUCCAAGAGCAUGGCCCUACAACUCCAACAUCUGCCUUGAGCAGAGACAACGCCCCAAAGCAUCUUUCCUUUUCUACACCCUGUGAUAGCCCCGGGGCUCUUUCCCCAACAAUGGCCGACUGCAAGAGUCCUCUGAGUCCAGUCAAGGCAGAGAGAUUUCACUGGCCUGACGUCCGGGAACUGAGAUCAAGGUACACAAGUGCAGCCAGUUCUAGUAAGGCACCUUCCGUCAUCAGGAGCCAAUCUGUGCCAGAAAGGAUAACUGUGCCCAAUGUGAAGGGCCAUUCUGACGUGGAAAGUAAGGAUUGCAUGAGUCACUCUUACAGCAUGAAUGUGAAACACACAGAGAAUGUCAAUGGCAGCACCAAGGACUCAACACAGAAUAACAAAGUAGAGGCUGAGCCUCCUUUGCCAGUAUUGUCCAAUCUCAAUAGUAAACCUGAGCCACUAGUGACCUGUGAAAAGGCUGGGUAUUACGUCAGCGCCGAGGCUCCUCUGGAAAAUAACAAGAAAGUUAUCGUUAUGGAAAAAAUUUCCACGGUCUCCAACGGCUCUUCCGCCCAUGAUCUGGAGAGCGACGACGCAUACAUACAGAUCAGGUCUCCCACCAGCAGGGAGAAGAUCUCGCUCAAAGCUUUGAUUGAGCGCUGCAAAGCCUACCAGGAGUCUGAGGAGUACCGAUCCAGGGAAGUAGAGGAAACCACUGAAUCCACUGAACCUGUUCCUCACGAAGAGUCCAAUCCUGACAGAUCAAGCUGUGACGGAAACCAGCAGAACAGAGUCAAGAACUUGAGAGAAAAAUUUCAGACUCAGCAGCACUCAAGUAGCCUGAAACAGUCGGAAGUCCACUAAUCUGUAUGGAAAUUUUCCAUGAAUAGUCGCCCUGGUAUAAUGUUCAGAGAAGAACCUGAUUUCCUUCUAGCCACUACCCCUCUCACAUGGUAUCACUUCAUUUAUCCUAACGGCACUUUAUAUAUUGUGGAUUUUAACCUCUUUCUCUGGGGACCAUAAUAACUUCCCAUUUCACUAGCCAGGUGAUGUACAGCAAGACACUGCCUACCUUGGAUAUUUCUACAUUCCUAAUUUGUGCUUUUUUUAUUGUUUUUUUUUUUUUUAAUGACUGUAUUUAAUCCUCAUCUGUUUUACCGAUCCUCCAGCACCUCAAAUGUACAGCUGAAGUCAACUGAAAAGUGCGGGCUUCUCGUCGGUGCUUAUUAGGGGGGCCUUAAGGAUAGAGUCAUUCUGUGAUUAUUUUUUUUGUGCUAUUUAUUAUUAUUUUGUGGUCGAUUUCGAUUUUAAUAUUUCAGGAAAGUGGAGGUCCCUGUGUUACGAAUUUGUAAUUAUUUCUCUGUCAUGUAAAUACAAGUCACUCUAUAAAGCUCUUUGCAGUAAACUAUA